AUGAAUACCCAGUACUUUGACGAAAUAACUGCCAUUGGGUAUAUCUUGACCUUGGCCAAGCAACACUACCCAGACGCAGCUCCAAACCGCGAGCCAUGGCAUGUAAAAGUCUCCAGAGCCCAUCAUCUCAUCGCCCAGCCAAUCCAUCGACGGAGGAUCCAGAUGGCCCACCAAGUGCACCCAUCGUACAGGCGCAAGUAUAGCAGGGUUGGGGAUUUGGGGUCCGACCUUGCAUGUAGUCGUACUGGUUCCCCAGUGGCGGGCUUAUUUGCUGUUCGGAUCCUUGCCCAGUGCCUUCGUGCACUGCAGAAGGCUCUUGUCGACGAUACUCAGAUAGGGGUGUCAUCGGUGGGAAGGUUGGCCGUGCUUGAUGUCGAUGGAGACGUCCGUGCCUGCACACUGCUGGCCUGUCGAGCGAUACGUUCGAUGGGAUGGAUUGUCGCGGGCGAAUUGAGAGGUCGGGUGGAGGGUUCGAGGGGCUGCCGAUCUCGAGGGACAAUGUGGAAGGGCGCGUAUGUGGACUAUAAGGAGGUUAGCAGCGGUUGGCGACGAUGUACAUGGCAAGGCUUGCACGAUGCUGACCUGUUCAGCGAGAGCUUUGACGCGAUUAAUGUGGAUAAAGUGAGAGGUUGA